AUGGAGCAGGAAAAGUAUGAUGGUGACAUUGAGCAGAGACUCUCCUGCAACUUGGCUACUGAAAUUGAAAACAUAAAUUUUAUCUCCACAGGACUGUUAUCAGUAGAACUGCAGGGCCUUCUCAGCGAUGCCGAGGCUCAGAGCUGGUCCUUCAUCCCUGAGACGUGGCAGUUUGAGGACAGGGUCGGGGAACAGGACCUGUACAACGUAAAGGACCUCAUCACUGCACCAAGUACACACAGGCCUGGCAACACCCAGGCAGACAUACUCUGGGAAUGUGCAGACCUGGCAGUAGAGUGUGAGAACUACCCUCGUGCUGUUGCUAUCCUGUUCCUGUUGGACAGAUUUGCCUUCUGGCAGGGCACGUCCCCUCGUCUGCUUCAAAUCAUCGAUGACAUCCGUCAGAGCAGUCCAAGCACAGCUGUGCCGCCACAGAUUAUCAUCCGUAAAGCCAGAGUGUUGACAAAUGCAGGGGAUCUUCACGGUGCAGAGAGAGUUCUGGACGAUGUUCUAAGCCCUGACGAGGAAACUGGAACAUGGACAUACAAAAGUGACUCUGACAGAGCAAUAGUUCAUUCCGUCUGCAUUCAGAUCAAAGGACAGGUCCAGCUGAAACUUGGGCAGUGGUUUGAUGCCUCCACCUUGAUUUUGGACUCCAUCAUCGGCUUCAGAACUCUGCCCAAACCAGACAAGAAGGGCAUCGCCUCUAGUGUGGGACUGCUUAUGGAUGUGUUCAAAAACAUAUCAUACAGAGACUUCCAGGUUUUGAAGCAGCAGUACACCCUACAAGCAGACAGCCCUCUCUUAGAGGCUUACCAAGCAGCUGAGGAGGCUGCUCAUUUGUCGAAGUUUGACCCACUCUUCUAUGCAAGACAUCGGCGCAGAGCUGGUGAGGUGCUCAUCCUAUGUGCUCAGCAGGCGCGAGACGCUCAAGAGAAACAGAAGUUUCUGCAGUUAGCAAGGACAAACCUGUCUGAAAGCCUACAUGCCCAUGAAAGUGUGGCAGCCCUCCAGAGGAGCAGGGAACAGUUGUGUGAGUUCAUCUGUGCCCUGUUCCAGUCCUGUCAGGUACUAGAGAUAACUGGUGCAGUGGAAAAGAGCAACAACCUGACCAAGAUCUGCAUGCACCUGUAUGAAGAGUACUGUGCUGAGGACAGCAACUCAUCUAUCAGUGGAUCGAUGAAAAAGAAGAUAGACUUUAUCAUGGAUGCACUAGAAACAUUGAUGCCCACAUCACAACCACAAGAAACAGUUGAAGGUGACCACACUGUGUCAGCAAAAGAGACAACACUGUCUUAUUCUAUGUCAAUUGACCACAUUGUGCCUGAAGACCUCAUAUCACAAACACAGCCUGAAGAAGACAACAACCCUAAGUCACAGACUGAAGAAGCUACAACCGAAUGGAACAUUACAGUUGAAGAAACGGGAAAAAACUCUGGGACACUUGACAGCGGGUUUGACACAACUGAAGAUGAUCAAGACAGAUCCAGUGAUGAAAGCAGACAAGACCACACCAAAUCUACUGCAGAUCCCUCUGCCACAACCAUUGACUCAGAAGACACUGAUUCCAUUGGAGAAAACAUUCCUAACAAAAACUUACACACAGCUUCCACCGUUGAUCCAUCAGCCGUUACAGUCGAUGAAACAAAGACAAAACUACAGCCUCCAGUUGACCAGCUACGUUAUGCUGUCGAGAAACAUCACAUAGAACCUUCUACUGUGAAUCCUGCCUUGACCACGCUUGGUUCAACGUUCGACCCUUCAGCUACAACUGUUGAUGUGGCACACGAGUCCGAUGAAAAAGAUGGUGUUGGGAAAGGUGACACCCAUUCAGGCCCUGAUGUUAGUGAGGGCAGAUGUGAAGAGAGAAUGUCAGAUGAAGAGCGGGAGAAAUGGGACGAGAUGUAUGCAGGCUUGCCACCAGUCACGAGAGUCCAUAAGGCUUUACUCCACAAGUAUGACCCCUUCAAUGACAAGUGGGAGUCAGAGCAGACCUUGGUGUACCUAGGAGAUCCCCUUGCACUUGAUGAGGACAAGAAGGGGAAGCAGAGAGACGCUUUCUUUGUCCAGUACAUCAGCCAGGAGGAACGUAUGGGCAGGUAUGUUGGAAAGAGAUACAAGAAGGACAAACCGUAUGAACAGUAUCGCCAAGACGUCUGCUGCCAGAUGACAGCCCGCAAGUACGUUACUGUCUUCAACCACAAGCUUCGAAGACGUCAAGACUUUGGCCAGAUCCAGUACCUUCCAGCUGUCACCCUUCAAGUUCAAGUGAAUCAUUCCCAACCAGAGAGCUUCACCAUCAACGUUGAGCCGUACAUUGAUGGGGAUUUUGUGAAGCUUACGAACAAUCUGAAGUACAGACACCCAGUUCUGGACAGCGGGCUUGCGACUGCCUUCACUCACUUCACUUACGAAGCUUCGGGAGAAAAGUUGAUGAUAGUAGACAUACAGGGCUGGACCACUCUGGACGGGAGGGGUGUGACUUACUUCACCGACCCUCAGAUUCAUUCUGAGGAGAUAAAGAAGUACGGGAGGGGUAACCUAGGCGAUAGAGGCAUCCAGGCUUUCUGGAGAGAGCAACACCCUACAUGUAAUAAAGUCUGUAGGCUCCUGAAGUUGAAGAGACCUGUAAUGACUAUUUGAAAUUUGGAUCCUGUUUUCAUAUUAUACAUUAUGCAUAUUUCAUAAUUCUGUUUUCUUAUUGCAUACACUACGCAAUGCCUGUAUUUCAAUCUGUACAUGCAACUGCUUAGUACAAUGUAGGGCUUGUAGAU